GAGGAGGAAGAAAAAAAAAAAAAAAAGAAACAGCAGCAGCAGCAGCAGCUGCCGCCGCGGCAGAAGAGAAAGCAAAAGCCGCACGGCGGCGCGGGGCCGGCCGGCAUCCGCGGGGCUGCGCGGCGCUGCGCGGAGCGGCCAUGGCCCGGGAGAACGGAGACGGCGGCGGCUCCUGGAAGAAGCAGGCGGAGGACAUCAAGAAGAUCUUCGAGUUCAAGGAGACGCUGGGGACGGGCGCAUUCUCUGAAGUUGUUUUGGCUGAAGAAAGAGCUAGUGGAAAACUAUUUGCAGUCAAGUGCAUUCCCAAGAAGGCACUGAAGGGGAAGGAAAGCAGCAUAGAGAAUGAAAUUGCAGUCCUGAGGAAGAUCAAGCAUGAGAAUAUAGUUGCUCUGGAAGACAUCUAUGAGAGCCCAAACCAUUUAUACUUGGUCAUGCAAUUAGUAUCUGGGGGAGAGCUUUUCGACCGUAUCGUUGAGAAAGGGUUCUACACCGAGAAGGAUGCCAGCACCCUGAUCCGGCAGGUCCUGGACGCAGUCUACUACCUGCACCGAAUGGGCAUUGUCCACAGGGACCUCAAGCCCGAGAACUUGCUUUACUACAGCCAGGAUGAAGAGUCAAAAAUCAUGAUCAGUGAUUUUGGAUUGUCUAAGAUGGAGGGUAAAGGAGAUGUGAUGUCCACCGCCUGCGGAACUCCUGGCUAUGUUGCUCCUGAAGUGUUGGCCCAGAAACCCUACAGCAAAGCCGUAGACUGCUGGUCCAUCGGGGUCAUUGCAUAUAUCCUGCUCUGUGGGUAUCCUCCUUUCUAUGAUGAAAAUGACUCCAAACUCUUCGAGCAGAUCCUCAAGGCAGAGUAUGAGUUCGACUCUCCAUAUUGGGAUGACAUCUCUGAGUCUGCUAAAGACUUCAUUCGGAAUUUGAUGGAGAAGGACCCUAAUAAAAGAUACACCUGUGAGCAAGCAGCACGGCAUCCUUGGAUUGCAGGUGAUACGGCACUCAACAAGAACAUCCACGAGUCUGUCAGCGCUCAGAUCCGGAAGAACUUUGCAAAAAGCAAAUGGAGACAAGCAUUCAAUGCCACAGCGGUCGUGCGACACAUGCGGCGGUUACACCUCGGCAGCAGCCUGGACAACACAAGUGCCAGCGUCUCGGGCACACUCAGCCUCGCUACACCGCUGCCCGAUGCAACCACCCGGAAAGAUUGUAUGUCUCCAUCCACUCUCUGUAGUUUUGUUUCAUCUGCUUCUUCAGGCGUUUCGGCGGUAGGAGGGGACCGGAGACCCAGACCCACCACAGUGACCACAGUGCACACAGGGAGCAAGUGAGAGCCUGGGUGGCCAGGAGCAGGCAGGCACAGGGCUGUGGAUUCCUCCAAGCCACCCCUCGCCCUGGCCUGCAUACUCGACGAAGGACUAGAAGAAAGAAGAUUUUUUUAUGGCCAUAUUUUAUACUGCAAUUCUGAAAUAUUUCAUUUAUCACAAACUGCAAUGACUCCAGGGGGAACGGAUCUAACAGUCUCUGGUGCUGUACAUAUAUAUACAUAUAUAUAAAUAUAUAUAUAUAUAUGUGAGUCUAGCAAUGUUCUAACUAAUGAACACUCAUUCUUUUCCCCAGUGAUAUUCUCUUUUCUCAGUGUAGGUAACAGUAUAUGUUGUUGGGUUUUUGUUUUUGUUGUUUUUCCAUUAACUACAAACAUCUCAACUGGAUUAUUUAAAUAGAGAAACUUUUCUGAGCAUUAUAUAUAUGUUUUCUUUUAAGAAGUACUUCCAGUCAUGUCCCUCCUCACAGUUUGCGGAGGAAUAUGCUGUUUCUGUAGGUAGGAGUUGGCGUUAACUUUGCAGCACAGGAGGAUUGCAAUGGCAUGCCAUUCCUUACUCCUCAGACUGGACUGCAAGUCUGUCUGGCUUCAGCAGACCUGCUGCUCAGAGUAAGAAACUGCUGCUUUCCCUCCCCUCCUCCUCCUUGAAAGCCAUGGGCAGAGUUCGGUUGCCACCAGCCCAAUUCCUGCAGAGCUGUGAGCCUGCAGUACCCUUGUUUGAGAGGAGUGGUUGGCACACAGUGCCUUUGAGGAGCAGACCAGAGCUGAGCAAACAAAACAGAGUAUCAUCCUCCAGCAAUUUCUCCCCUUGAUAACCUCUUCCACUGCGCAUUCUGGGCAGAGCAAAAGAAAAGGAAGACAUGGGGCUGAUAGUAGUAGUGUCCUCUGCCACCAACUCACUGUGCCGCCCUGGUGGAGGACAUUUAAUUCCCAGCCUCCCAGCCCAGCUUUGUAUUGGGAGCACACCCCGCCCCUGGUCGUUGCACCACAGCUGCAGAACACUCACAGCUUCAUGGAGCUUUGCCCGCUGCUGCUGAUGCUCAGCACCUGCCAGGGUCACCAGCCAAAAAUGAGGAUCAGGAACCAGAUAAAAAAUGUUUGGGCUUUAAUUUCUACAUGUCUCGGUUUCUACCCCUUGAAGAGGAGUGAUUCUUGCACCCCUCUAUAGAGCUCAUAUACAAAAGUUUACUCAAUUUCAAUUAUUUUUAAUUACUAAAUGCAUGCAUUUGCAGGCUACAAAUCCUGGUGCAUCAUCUAGGAACAGCCACCAUUAAUGUUGUGUAUACAUGCAUUAGCACACCUUGAAAUAGUGAGAAGAGCAAAUCUGCCAUCAUUUACCCCACUGCUUCACGUGACCCCAAACAGGUCCAUCCUCUACCAGAGGCACAAGCCUUGUGCUCAUUCCCAUGUUCACAUUUAUCCUGCACAAAAAUUGUGAAAGCCAGUCACAGACUGAGUGUAUCAGGCAAUAGUGACUAUACUGUGAAAAGCCAUAACAUACUUAUUUGUCAUUGAGACUUCAAAAUCUUGAUUCAGCUUCACUUGGUUUGCUUUGACCAGCAGAGCUGGGAUUUCAUCCGUCAUAUUUUGUGUUCUAUAUGCUGGAAAAGCAGGUGGCAGUGAGCACUAAACCUGUUUGAAGAGGCCACUCUUUUGGUGGCACUUGGUAGGGCUCCAGUUUCCUUUCUAUUAAGCUGUUCUACAUUUUCAGAGGACUGUAGCAUAUUUGAGUGAGUCUCCAUGCUUGGGACAGCUAUUAAUGCCUUCAGGAAUUAGCAAAGCCCUUUGGGUUGCAUGUGAUCAUUCAUGGGCACACUUGCUCUGCUGGUUGCUGUAGCAAAAUCAGAAAGACACAGUGUCCUUGUUUUAGGAAAGCUGCCACAUAUUGGUAGCAAAACUCCGUAUAAUUUCCCUUCUGAGGACUUCUGACCGAGAUUUGGGCAGACCAAAUGGCAGAGGGUGUCCCUGCUGCAAGUCAUGCCCAGACCAUUGUCACCAGGUACUCCUGCUCCUCUGACAAAGGGUCUUCCUGCAGUGGUAGCUGAAAACUGGUAAAAUAGAAUUUACACUCUUGCCAAGGCUGCUUUAUUUUGCCAGCCUGAGUAAGUAAGCCUUAGUUUAGGAGAGACAUCUAUCACACAAAUUUGAGUUAUUUUGAAUUACACAAUUCAAAAACACAAUUACAUAAACUCAACUCUGUUUCAGUUGUGUGCAUGUACGUGGGCAGUCUCCAGAUUAGGAGUCAGUGGAGUUCCCUGCAUUUACACUUGUGCAACCAAAAGCAGGAUUUGUUAAAGAGUAUUUUUCUCUUUGUCCAAUUGUGGUUGGAUAAAGAUGGUUGGGGCUCAGUGCUUCCUCUUCACGUUCUCUUCUGAAACUUGAGGUUUGAGCUUAAUGUAGUUGCUGAAGCCAUCAUGCAAAAUACAGCAUCCAAAUGCACCUUGCAGGAAAGAAAAAAAAAAAAAAAGGAAAGAAAAAGAAAAGAGAGAAGCAAAUGGAUUUCCAUCUGAAAACCAAUGAUCAGUUAUGGGAGCAAAAGUACACCAGCUGGCCCUCCAUGCUCAAGCUUUCUUUGUUUUUUACUGCAGGAGCAUUUCUUCCUUCCAAAUGUGCAGUUGAGUUUUUUAUCUAAUGUUCUGGAGUAGUUAUGUAAUUUAUCAUCAUUCUCAUACACUUGUUAACAACCACUGGGAUCUUAGCAUGAGCACUUAGAAGCAAAAUUGUUUCUUUAUUAUACAAUUUUGGGUGGUGGGAAGCUCUUCUUUUGCAUCAAUAAAACACAGCGGGAGACCUGACCAGGUUUGCCAAAUGCACAGAGAUAUCUCAAAACUGAGUCCCAAAGUAUCGCUUGGUUAAAAUUUCUCAGUUUAAACCUGACCAAAUCUGUUUACCAGGAUGACUUAGCAGCACCCAGACGAGAAGUGUUGGGGCUGGAGCUGUGUGUCCUUCAGCAGCACAGACUGGCACAGCAAACACUCCACUAUCACUCCAGUAAAUAGUGUGUGCACACGUGGAAGGGGCUGAUAGCCCAAAAGUAAGAGAUACUAAACAAAUCCAGACCUCGCCACACAGAGCAGGUAGAAAAAUCCUUCUGAGCUCUUUCCCAAUGGGCUGUCCUACUAAACAUGGUGUGAUUUACUCCUUGCAUGAGGACUUCAGCCUGGACUGGCCUGUCUGUUACUCUUCUGCUUUACUUGACUGGCACCAAUGCGUUUUUCACUUGUAACUUGUUUUCCUCAGCUCCUUCCCCUUCUUUUUCUUUGCUUGCAGCUUUGAUUGUUGAUUUUUACCUCCAGAGUCACAGAGGCCAUCUUUGAUGCCAACAACAGUGCUCUUGCUGGGAAAAAAAAAUACCUAAAAAUACAGAAAACCCUCCAGCUGGCCCUUAGCCUGCAGAAGAAGUGUGAGGACAGGCUGCCUGUGAACUCUGCGAGAUGAAAGUCAGUGUUGCAGUGGCAGGGGCUUACGCUGCUGAUUUUGCAUGUGACAUCAUUCCCAGUGCAUCCUAACUUCCUGCUGGAUCACCCCUUCUGCAGCACGGAGCGGACACUGGCCCCACCACACAGCAUGGGGAGAGCAGGAGGACAGGGAAACAUGGCAGUGAUGCUUUCCUGAGACUGUGUUACCCUGCUGGUGAUGUCUUUUUUGUCCUGGUUGCUUUUGUACAGGUGCCAUUAGAGUAGUGGUUUCAAAAAAAAAAAAAAAUAUAGGAUUUUACCUACUCCUUGUGUGUCUGUUGUGGUUGUGGUGCUGAAAUAAAACCAAGCAAUGCUAGAGAAAUGAACCACAGAAAGGGGUAUCAGCCCACUUGGUAGACAUCUUUAUGUAGUUCUACAGUAGGCAUUAGAAUCGAUUUUGCUCUGUGCAUGUUCCCUGCAUACCUCCAUGGAUACUGACAGUAUUUUUUCUAUGAGCAUUUUUUCUUCCUACUUAGCCCCAAGGAGCUUUGGAGCUUGUCCAAAGCAUGUGCCAGCCCUGGGAACCAGCACAGCCCCUGACUUCUGCCUUUUCUCCCAAUAUCCUCUGCAAAUCAGAGCUCAAGAGAUACAGUUGCAGCCAUCCCCAAGGCUGCCCUUCUUUAAGCAUGACUCUUCUUUUAGCAAAACAAGCUCCCAGAGAAAGCCAGACAGCUUUUAGCCAUCAGCAAGAAAGGAAGAUAUUGUCCUUCACCAUGAAUUUGGAGAUCAGCUAUAGGAAAAGCUCUGUUAAAAUUUCCCCAUUGAGUAAGAGCUCUAGAUCUGAGCAGUGCUAGCUAGGUGAACCCUACAUAAAAACACCAGGUUGAUUUUGCUGGUGAGUUCAUGCAGACUGUAGACUGUUGCUUUUUCUCUUUCUAAAGACCUGGAGGAUACAUAUACCUGCAAAAUAUCAGUUUCUAGGCAAAGCCCCAAGGUAUCUUCCAUGGAUGUUCCCACUUAAUGAGAUUACUUUUGUUCUUGCUCCUAUGCAUGUUUAUCUGGUUGAACUGGAGCCUGAAUGCAUCCCUGAAAUUAUUCAUGGGAAGGGAUUUUUGCCUUCGUUAUCACGCUUAUUUGCACUCAAAACUUGAUGCUAAGAAUUACACUCAUUCAAGCAAAGAGCAGAAACACACACAAAGAUGACUGCAUCCAAGGAAAACAGCAUCAAAAUCAAGCACAGAGGAUGAGCUGGCAACAGCUGAGCGCAGGAACCUGCUCACAAGCACUGUGCAAACAGUUUCCCCUGGUGCAUUGCUCAUCCCUGACUUCUUGCCCAGCAGCAGUUUUACAAAGCCCCUUUCAUUUCCCCCAACACCACCCUUCCCUGAAGCUGGGUCCUGCCUGUGCAUCCCUGUGCACAUGUGUGUAUGUGCAUGUUACAGCCCCAGGGAUCACAGGGCUCACCAGUGGGAAGCCAGGAGCUGGUUCAGGUUUUUUGGUCUUAGUGCUGUUGGAUCAAAGCUGUGUAAAUAGUGUUUAAAGCCAAGGAUAAAGGCUCUUUAUCCAGACUGAUUUUCGAGACCCCUUCCCCACCAUGAAGUGGGCCACUGCUCUGUCCAGUGAGCUAUUUUUUUCCUUCUUCUUCAUAAAUUAUAAGGUCAGAAGAGUGGCUCUUACAUUUUUCCAUGCCCUAGCGUGGAAUCAGGGCAUGUAUGCUCCCAAGCGCUGUGAAAAAACACUGCUAAUGAUGACAUCAAAAUGUCCAAUAGAUGCAUGUUACUGCACUGCAUGUAUUAAACUACUGUUCACUACUUUUGUAUUUCCCGAGCCUUUUCUUCAUGCACAUUCAAUCCAGCCUUUUUUUUUCAAGGUGUUUCUUCUAGGUUUUGUUUUCAAAUGACUCAAUGUAUCUGUAACUAGAAAUCCAUUGUUAAGUUUGAGUAAAUGCAAAAGCCAAUGUUUUGUAAACAAGAUACUGCAAAACCUGAUAAUGUAUUUUGACUUUCUGUGGAAUGCUCUGCAUGUACACAGCAUGCACAGGAAGAGUCACCAUCCAGAGCAGCUUAAAACUGUGCAGCAGUCACAUACACAUGUCUAGAAACAGGGAGUCGGGGAGGGUCCCUGUGAAUAUGAUGUCAAAAAGUUUGAUCUGCAUUUAAAAUACCUUCCUGGGUUGUCAGUACUCAGGUCUACCAAGAAGUAUGUCAGUGUGUCUCGUUAGGGUUGUGGGUUGGGAUUUUUGGUUCCCUUUUCUUCGUCAAAUCUUUGGCUGGUUUGCUCAAUUCUUAGUAUUUUUCUCUUCCCAUAAGAUAUUUCUUUCUUGCCUGUUGCAGAAUGAACUGCAUUGUGGGGACCAAGAUGCUGUGAUUAUUUGCCCAAACUAAUUAAGGCAGCAAGUUGAGCUAAUUAUGUCAUCAUUUCCAAAGCAUCAAGUAUCAAAGCACCUUCCCCAGUAUCACCACCUAAAUACUUGCACUCGGUCCUUCAACACCUCCAUGUAGCAGCACCACCGUUUACCCACAGAAGAGUUUGGAGCAGUACUUCUCCUUCUUCCACAUGGAAAUCAUGGCCUUGCCUUUUCUUCCCUCAACCACUGAUCCAUUUUCAUUUGUGCUGGUCUUUCUAUGGCAGAGCAGGGUAUAGGAUGGUCAUGUGGUGUUUUUAGGACACAUGGCCCAGUCCUUUUCUGAGAAUUGGUAGGGCAAUUGUCCCAGCUCCUCAGUGUUCACUGCUUUCAUGUGGAAGACGUUCAUUUUCCCAGAGCUCAAAACAAAGUCAGCUUGAAAGGUCGAGAAGUGGUCUUCUGAUAAGGGCAUGCCAAAUAGCUGGAGAGAAAGCACUGUGUUGGUGGUGUGGGGAGAAGGGAGCCCUCCUUGGAAGUUAUGUCAUGGACAAUUCCACGGUGGCUGAAAGAACCAAGAAGGCUUGAGCCUACCUUUGAGUUUGAUGCCCAGCCAGCAUGCUGUGCCAUUUCCAAGAAGCUGCCUACAAGCGUAAAAUUCAUCAUUAACAAUAGCUGUGAGUCACCCCAUCUCAGGCUGCUAUGGCAGCACGUGGUGUGAGGCUCCACGAGGAAGUGGACAUGUGCUGUGGUUCCCAGGGGGUGGGAGAUCCUAGGAGGUGCUCAGAGCAGCUCUAAGCUUUUCCAUCUUUCAUCUGCAUCCCACAAGUCCAGCUGCUGUCAUGCAUGCUAUCUCGUACCAGGUCAAGCCAUAGCUUCACCCUCAAAGUGAAGAGCAUGGAAGGUCAUGGCUCAGUGGGAGAUACGUUGUGACUCACAUUUCUGGUCAGCGCAAUGUCAGCACCCCGCUGUUCAUUCACCUCUAGUUAAGAAGCAGCAUUUUGGUCAAUUUGGGCCUUUUUUUAUAUAUAGAUAUUUGAUUCGGGUCAGCAAGCAACCAAAAGAAGCCCAGUCUGUCCAGAGCAGUGCCUCCCCAAUAUCCUCAACUGCAAAACAUCUCUUGGCCGAUUUUUAAUGAAAAUGCAAGCAUGUUUUCUACAACUGCUUAAAUCUUAAUCAAGGAAUGUCAGUGUGCCUAAUAUUGCAGGUCUUGUGAUUGAAACAAGUUCAUAACAGCAUCCAUGUCCAAAAUGAAGGGAGAAUGUGUAUUUACUCCAUGCAUGUAUUAAGGCAUCGCAAAAGUUUUAUCUGCAUAAUGAGUUUGCAAUACUGCAAAUUGUUAAUGGGGCUACGUCGCAAGUGGUUCUCUGCCUUGACAAUCAUGUAUACAUAUCGAGAUUUCUAUCAUAAUGAGAAUUUAAAGGGAUGAUUAAUUGUUUUCCUCCAAUAAAUCCAGUUUAAUCUCCCUGA